UGCACAACACGCACCGCUUUUUGUACUCUGAUCUCUCCCAUCUUGUGCGCCCUUCGCGUUUCGCGCCCAGAGUGCUCUUUGCUUACGUUCACGUCCGUUGCCUUGCACCCACCCACCCCUCGACGGGAAACAAGAAAGAGAAGGAAGAAAAAAAAGCUCGUCUGCCGGCCAUGGAGAGCUCCUCCUCGUCUCUGCUGCUGAGCUCGUAUACCGGCGGCAACAAGAGGGCCAGGGAGGCCGACCUGGACGCGGCCUCGUCCGCCGAGGCGGAGGCCGCCAAGAGGAUGCGGCCCGAGGACCUGCUGGACCUGCUCGACGACGACGCCGACGCCGCGGCGGCCGGCGACCUGGCCUCCGUCAUGCGCAGCCUGGAGGAGGAGAUAUGCGCCGGCGACCUGGCCCCGCCGCAGCCCGAGCUGGGCUUCCUGCUCGAGGCCUCGGACGACGAGCUCGGCCUGCCGCCGGCGGCGGCCGCGGCGUCCUCCUCGUCGGACGACGCCGGGGGCUGGGAGCCGGAGGAGCCCGCCGGCGUCUUCGGGGAGCAGAUCUGGGGCUUCGAGGACGAGAUUGAUGGGGCCUACGCCUUCGGCGGCGUCGCCUCCUCGCCGGAGGCGGCAGCGGCUGCCGCCGCGGCCGCGGCCGAGUGGGGCGACGACGGCUUCGACGCCGGCCUGUUCGGGUUCGGCGACGAGUCCUUCGGGCCGUCCGAUCUCGCCGUGCUCCGCCAGGAGACCAUGCCGGCCGUUUGAUCAGUCGGCGUCAGUGGACGGACGGAUGGAUGGAUGGAUUAGCAUUUUCUUUUUUACCUUUGGCUAACCUUAGCGUUACCCUUUUUUUAACCUUUGGGGAUGUAAAGUUUCUAGAUGAAAAACUGUGGGGAAGAAACCUGGAAAAUGUGUUGCCUCCAAUGAAUGAUGUAGAGAGAAAAAAAAGUCAUCUGAAAAAAAAAAUCUCUCAAGGAUUCCAGAAGAAAUUGCAUCAAAUAUUUAUGUUCU